CUCCACAGAAAAUAGCAACUAUCUGUAUGUCCUUCAUUUGUUUGGAGAAUGCCUGUUCAUCGCCAUUAAUGGAGACCACACUGAGAACGAGGGAGACCUCCGACGUAAGCUGUGUGUGCUCAAGUACCUGUUUGAGGUGCACUUCGGAUUAGUAACUAUGGAUGGCCAGCUCAUCCGGAAGGAGUGAGUCCUCAAGGAUGGUCCCCCUGUGUCCUCUGCUGAGCUCCCUAGUGUGGGACCAGUCAGCCUGUGCCCAGCCACAACGAAACCGAAGUUCCAUACUUUGCCCCAACUGUGUCCCUGGGUCCAAGAAGCGGAGCUUUGGAGCUGUGAAAACUAUCUUUUCUGAGCCUCUCAUCUUACAUAUGUGGAAACUGAGGGUACAGAAGUUAAAUAACUUGGCCCAGAGGUAUCCAGUUGGUUGGUGACAACACCCAGCCUAGAAGUUUGAGCUCAGUGUCCCUGUUACACAGUUCAUCCACUGCCAACCUUAGUGGUUCAUCAUUAUCAUCCUGGUCUGAGACAGUCCCCUCUGGCUCCUCAGAGCUGCCCUGGUCUUUCCUUUUGGAAAAACACAUUCCCAAGCUUACUGUGGUGACACCUUCUGAAGGGCAGGGCCCCAGAAGCCAUCGCUGGCCCCAUAAUGAAAACCUGAGCAAAAAGAAUGGUGGCUCAAUGUAUACACUGAGGUGAGAAGGGAAAUGUGACCUGGAAGAGUGAGGUUCAGGGUGGGGCUGUCCCCUACUUCUCAGCACCAUUAGGAAGUCUCAAUCUGAAACUCUUUAUCUUCUGAGUUUUAAAGUGACAUGAGCACUCACUCAUAUUGAGGCACUUACUGUAUGUGCAGGCAUCAGGUCAUGAGCUGUUUUAGCUGUCACAGUGCUGAUGGCACAUGCUAUGGGCAAAUGCCCCUUACACAAACCACAUUUAUCCAUGCAGGUCUGUCGGUGUUUGGGAGGGCUGUGCCUCUGUGUUGGCUCUGAUAGUAGUCCAGAGUUGUCUGUUUUUAGGGAUCUGUGGGGGACAGGAGAGCCAUAGAAAAUGCAGGUACCUUCCUGGCUCCUUGUAGCUAGCUUCGAUAUGUCUGUGUGAAAGAAGCAGAGGAGUGAAAUCAUUUGCUCAGUGGCCUGACUCCUGGUUCCUGCCAGUGCUGCUCUGCCACGGCCCACAGGAAACACAGCCUCUCUCUGCCCUGGGCUCUCCCACAGAUGGGCAGUCACAUUUCCUGAGCUCUCUGGCUCUGAUGCUGGCCUGGGAUAGGAUCUUUGGGUUGGUUAGAAGUGACCAGCUUUCUCAUGGUGCCUCUAUCUGUGUUUCUGCCUCAGGCUGAGGCCCCCAGACCUGGGCCAGAGGGCGCAGGUGUGGGCUCACUUCCAGAGCCUGCUGUGGACCUACAGCCACCUGCGGGAGAAAGAGCAAAGCUUUGCUGUGGAGGUGACUAAUGGGGCACUAAGGCCUCAGGCCUGGGAGGUUUUGGGUUAGAAGGGGCAGCAGCCUGCUUGAAGACCAUGUGUUUUUUUGUUUUGGUUUGGGUUUUUUUUUGGUACUGGGGAUUGAACUUAGGACCUUGUGCUUGCGAGGCAGGCAGCAGAACCACUGAGCUAAAUUGCUGGCCCUUGAAGACCAUAUUUUGACAUGGUCUUCAUGAGUAGGGGCACAGGCACAUACCGAAAUCUGUUUAUCCAGAAUUGUUCUUUCUGUCCACAUGGUAGGCCUCUCCACAGUAAACAGCUAGAUUCUGGGUAAAACUGACUUUUUGGUACAGUUUUAGAACUCACUAUAAAUUACAGAAGUCUCUGAAGAUAGCGCCUCUCACCCCCCAAAAAAGUUAUAGUGAGCUGAGACUAGAGUAGAAAGCAGUGAACAAAAGCAGCACUAAAGGAAACCUUGCCCUGAGUGCAGUGAUACUCCCAACACAGCCAGAAAACAGUCUUUAGCCAGCAGCACAAUCAGGAGCUAAACCUGCCACUCCUAGGUUAAGCUGGGCUGACGAGCUCAAGCGGCUUUGGUCAGUAGCACCACCAGGCCCCUUUGGGACUCAGAUUCUCUAUGCAGAGCAGUGGAUCGCACUUGCCAGUGCCUGUUGGAGUCGUGUGGAGGGCUUGUUAAGCACAGGUUGCUGGGCCUCACCCUCAGAGUUUCUUAUUCGGUGGGUCUAAGGUCAGGACUCUAGAGUCUGCAUUUCCAGUGGAUUCCCAGAUGAUGCUGAGUGUGCCAAUCCAAGAGUCACACUGAAAAUCACUGCUUUAGGGGACAGACUGAAACAGAAAUGAGCUCACAGUUAAAGAAGUCAGGUCUCACCCUUGAGCACCCACACCCUUUCUGAGUGUGUACUUCUUUGAUUCUGCUUAAUAAAUCUGCAUAUACCUUUUAAAGGAGGAGGAGGAGGAGGAGAAAGAGAAGGAAAAGGAGAGGGGAGAGAAAAAGGAGAACAGGAAAAAGAAGGAGAGGGGAAGAGGAAGAAGAAGGAGAAGGAAGAAGAAGAAGUCAGGUGCACAAGAAAAUAAGCCACCAUGGGUGACAGGGGAAGUCAGGAAAUCAGUUACCAACUCCAGUAAACAUGGGGUAUCCACUGUACAAUAAGACAUGAGCCAGGCCUUGAUGAAUAAAGAUAUAAACCCUGCCUUGCGAGAACUCAGAACUUAGUGUGUGAAUACUAAAAAUGUAAUAAAGUAGGUGCCACACUAAGCUUCACAUCAAAAAUCCAUGGUAACACAAAGGAUGGAAUGGUCAGCUCUUCCUGGGACAUCAGGAAAGCCUUCUUGUAGGAAGUAACCUAAUGUAGUUAGGACAAAAUCCAGACUCCUCCCCAAGCCCACCAGGCGUUGUAUGAACUGUUGCUGCCUGUCUUGCCCCACCUCAUCUCAAGCCUCUCUUGUUCUCAUUCUCUGUGCAUUGCUCACAUGGGAUUUCUUUUAGUUUCAGAAAAACUGUAUGUUUAGCUCUGUCCAAUAUGUUAGUCAUUAGCUACAUGUGGCUUUUGAAUACUUGAAAUGUAGCUAGUCCAAAUUAAGUUAUGCUGUACAUGUAAUAUACACCAAAUUUUGAUGACUUAAAACAGAAAAGAAUGUAAGACAUCACAUUAAUAAUGCUGUUAUAUAUUGGUAAUAUUUUAGGUAUAUUAGACAAGAUUAAAAUAUUAAAUUAAUUUCACCUGUUUCUUUUUACUAGAAAUUAUUAAAUUAUGCAUAGGACUCGCCCUCUGCCUUUUAGUUAAAGAACAGUGCUCUAAACUACACAACUCAGGGCCUUUGCACUUGCUCUUUCCUGGGCUUCCCAUGUUCUUCCUUACCUCUUUCUUUGGCAGACUUUCCAGUUCCUUCGAUACCAGUUUAAAGGUCACCUCCUCAGGGACAUUCUUUGAACACCCUACCCAAGCUGUGGAGCGGCUAAUCCACCCCCAGCUCUGUGAGUUGUGUAUAGAGACACUGGAGCGGCACGUGGUCGAGGCCAUCAACUCCAACCCCUCUCGGGGAGGUGAAGAGGCCCUUCAUGCCUUCCUGCUUGUGCACUCCAAGCUGCUGGCCUUCUACUCCAGCCACAGUGCGAGUUCCCUGCGCCCAGGCGACCUCCUUGCUCUCAUCCUCCUGGUUCAGGACCUCCACCCCAGCGAGAACACAGUGGAGGAGGAUGGUGAUGCCCAGCCUUCCCCACACAGAAGACCCCAGAGCAGCCAGAACAUCCCUGUGCAGCAGCCCUGGAGCCCACACACCUCAGGCCCAAUCAAGAACAGUUCUUCAGGGACGGACACAGACAGCUUCUCCUUCCCAGAGGAGUACUUCACACCAGCUCCUUCGCCUGGGGAGCAGAGCUCAGGUAGCACCAUCUGGCUGGAGGUAGCACCAUCUGAAGUUCCACAGGUAGCUGAGGACACCCUCCAAGUGCUAGCUCCUCAUUCCUCAGUGCCUUCCAGUCCCAGAAGGAUCUUCCUGGAUGCCAGUGUAAAAGACAACUACUGCCCUUUGGUGCCCCACACAAUGUACUGUCUGCCACUGUGGCCAGGCAUCAGCAUGGUGCUCCUGACCAAGAGCCCUAGCACCCCACUGGCCCUGGUUCUGUACCAGCUGCUAGAUGGCUUUUCUCUUCUGGAGAAGAAGCUGAAGGAGUGUCAAGAAGCUGGGAGUGCCCUGCGGUCCCUGCCCCUUGUGGGAGACCUGCGCCAGAGGAUGGACAAAUUUGUCAAGAAUCGAGGAGGCCAAGAGAUUCAGAGCACCUGGCUGGAGUUUAAAACCAAGGCCUUUUCCAGAACUGAACCAGGAUCCGCCUGGGAGCUGCUCCAAGUGUGUGGAAAGCUGAAACGGCAGCUCUGCGCCAUCUACCGGCUCAGCUUCCUGAGCACCGCACCCAGCAGGGGAGGCCCGCACCUGCCACAGGUUCUACAGGAUCAAGCCCAAAGGCUCAUGCGAGAAAGGCUACUGGACUGGAAGGACUUCCUGUUGGUGAAGAGCAGGAGGAACAUCACCAUGGUGUCCUACCUGGAAGACUUCCCAGGCUUGGUGCAUUUCAUCUAUGUGGAUCGCACAACGGGGCAGAUGGUGGCUCCUUCCCUCAGCAACAAUGAAAAGACUUCAUCAGAGUUGGGCAAGGGGCCCCUGGCUGCCUUCGUCAAAGCCAAGGUCUGGUCUCUGAUCCGGCUGGCACGCAGGUACCUGCAAAAGGGCUGUACCACACUGCUGUCCCAUGAUGGAGACUUCUGCUGCUCCUACUUCCUGUGGUUUGAGAACGACAUGGGCUACAAACUCCAGAUGAUUGAGGUGCCUGUCCUCUCUGACGACUCAGUCCCCAUUGGUGUGCUGGGAGGUGACUACUACAGGAAGCUCCUGCGCUACUACAGCAAGAGUCACCCAGCUGAGGCUGUCAGGUGCUAUGAGCUGCUGGCUUUGCACCUGUCCGUCAUCCCCACUGACCUACUGGUGAAGCAGGCCAGCCAACUGGCCAGGCGCCUGAGUGAGGCCUCUCGUUUGCCCCUGCCCUAA